AAAGACUGAUCUGAAGGUAAUCAUCAUAAGCUAUGGAGUGACGUGUUGGCACCAUACUGUUGCUGUCAUCAAAAAAUAAAGUUUAGAAUAUAAGAAAGUACAAUUGACGAUUGUGUAAGGGAAAAUUAAAAGUACUUGAUACAUGAACAAUGGAUGUCAUUCGGUCGGCAACAUAGGGUUUCCAUCAACAUAUUCAGACGAUUUCAUCUAUUGCCGAGAGAAUCGAAUGAAACAGAACAACCUAAUACGAUUUCUGAAUUUACCUGGAGCUGAGAUCACAGCUUCUGUUCUCAGCUACUGGAGCUACUGGAUGUUCUUCUGAGAGUUUGGCCGAUUCUCCUGAAAGGCAGAACCAGCUAUCGGUUUGGCUUUCUUGUGAUAAGGAGGUGAAUCUUAACUCACUAUCCUGGACAGCUUAUAUAAUGAGCAUCAAGCAGUGAAGUAAUUGAGAAGCCAUAAUAUUCUCUUCAGUUUUCAGAAUUGAUUUCGAUUGGGCAUUGUGAGAGAUGUAACAGUUUGUGGGAGAAGGUGAAUCGAGAAAAUUUGUUCGUCGACGGAGGCUAAUCGGCAAGUAGCAAGUCAAGAAUGUAUCUGAUGACAUGGCACAUUCUUAACUUAUGGGUGGCUGGAAUAUCCAUGCCUACGUGGACACUCUAAAAACUCUAGUUUAAGAACUUUUAGUAUAGUAUAGAUAUCCCAGGAUUGUCAAUAAAAUGAAAUUAAAAAUAAUAUGUUCUAGAGUUGACCAUAUAUAAUGACCUGGCUACAAGUUGAAUAAUUAUUUGAAUGUUUUUGUGGUCUUUAGCUAAAGUAUGAUAUUUUCACAUGCAAUAAAGUGUGGAAAAUGAUUGAAAUAGAUAAAGAUGUCUUGUAUUUCGAAGAGACGGAUGUGACAUCUUUUUUUACACAUUUCUUAUAGCUAAAUGACUAUGAAGGGGAAAAGUUAUAACUUGAUUUUGAUUUCAAAUUUUCAAUGGCAGAAUUUUCAACAAGACAAGAUUUGGGUCCAAACUUACAGUGAAGUAAAAAUAAGGGACAUUUAUAGAUGUAAGAGAUGUCAAAUACAGAGGACCCAUUAAUAUGUAAGUGUGGUAUUUAUAAGGUUUGCUUUUUGUCUGAUUUAGUGAAGUGAUCCCACAAUCACUACUUUUACUUAUUUGUUUUUGUUUGCUUGUCAAAGACUAUAACUUUUAGCAAAACUCUAUAUGUAAUAUACAAUAAUGCUUGUAAAAAAGUUGGGUAAUUGGCAUGUAUAACAAGGAAAAAACGUAUAAUGCAUUGACUAGCCAAUUUUCCUAACAUACAUAUACACGGCGUUAUAAUUAUAUAAUAAUACUAUAGUGCCCUUUUUUCCAACCGGUACAACCUGAACGCAAAAAAAAAAAUAAAAAUGUUAAUUAUUAUCUUUAAAAAGUAAUUUGUGGCUUUAAUCUCUUCACAUCUUUUCUUUUUGUUUCUCUCCGUAACUUUCAGAGAAGUUGAAUGGUCUCCAACACCGCUUUGAUUCACAUCGCCACCUCCAUUUGAUUUGCUCAGUUGGUUUACGGUCUAGUAUUUCAGGGUUUGAAGUUGGUUGUGAUUCUGAUUGUGAUUUUAGUACUAUAUUACGUUGGUUAGAUGAAAUAGAACAAUUAAUUAUAUACUAUUUUGUAUUUUGAUUUAUUUAAGUUAUUUUACAUUUGAGUUUGGGUUUAUGAAUUCGGGUUUAGGGUUUAGUAUUUAGGGCUUCGAGGUGGGUUUGUUCAUGAUCUAGUAUUUCAGGGUCGGAGGUUGGUUGUGAUUCUGAUUGUGGUUAUAGUACUAUACUAUGUUGGUGAAAUGAAAUAGAACAAUUAAAUUUAUACUAUUUUCGUAUUAUAAUUUAGUAAAGAUAUUUUACAUUUGGGUUUGGGUUUAUAAAUUCAGAUUUAGGGUUUAGUAUUUAUGGCUUUGAGGUGGAUUGGUUUAAGGUUUAGUAUUUCAGUGUUGGAGGUUGGUUGUGAUUCUGGUGGUUAUAGUACUAUACUAUGUUGGUGAGAUGAAAUAGAACAGUUAAAUUUAUUAUAUUUUCGUAUUUUAAUUUAUUAAAGAUAUUUUACAUUUGGUUUGGGUUUAUGAAUUCGGGUUUUGGGUUUAGUAUUUAUGGAUUUGAGGUGGGUUAGUUUAGGGUUUAGUAUUUCAGUGUUGAAGGUUGGUUAUGAUUCUGGUAGUUUUAGUACUAUACUACAUUGGCGUGAUGAAAUAGAAUAGUUAAUUAUAUACUAUUUUGUAUUUUAAUUUAUUAAAGGUAUUUUACAUUGGGUUUGGGUUUAUGAAUUUGGGUCUAGGGGUUAGUAUUUUUAUGGUUUCGAGGUGGGUUGGUUUAAGGUAUAGUAUUUCAGGAUUAGAGAUUGGCUGGGGUUGGAGGUUGGUUGUGAUUCUAAUUGUGUUUAUAGUACUUGACUAUGUUCGUGAAAUGAAAUAGAAUAUUUCCUUUUCCAUCGUGUGUUGAAUACAACUGUCAUAUAUGUUUCGUAUAAUUAAGUGUCCUUAAAGAAACCACGUCUCUUAUAUUUGGAAGUGAAACUGGCAACCUGUUACGUGAAGGGAUAGAACCGGGUUGAUUGAGACCAAAAAGUCUGACAUUAAAUUAUGUCAAAAUCAAUGUUAGUUCUUUAAUUUGUCUUUCAAAUAUGGCUAUCUCGCCAAUAAACCCAAAAAAGUUCUACAACUUUGUAAGUUGAAUCCAAUCAGUUAAUGUUUUACGUACAAAAGACCAUAACUUUGAGGAGUUCCCGCUGCGACGCUCUGGAGACCCUUAUCUGCCACAUGACUACUAUCAGGCUGCAUAUAUCAAGCUUGCCUGAAAGUUUUCUGUGGACUGGAAACCCCAAAUUCUCACCGACAUUGCUUAGGCUUUUAAAAAUGUUGGCAAUCUUGUAUUAAUCAACAUUCGUUUGAUUCAUAUGAGGAUACUGAAAAGAAUUGUCUAAAGCUAUAUUUUUCAAAUAUAAAGUAACGGUAGGCUAGAUUAAAACAAAACCGAAUCAAACCGUGUCUGAAUCCUCGGUUAAGCGAAUCCCAAUCAUCUGACGCAUUCAGCAAAAAGGCAAAACUCUUGAAUUAGAGCAAAAUAAUAUCCGGAAGUGUUCGGGAUUUUGAACCCGACGUGAAUCGAACACGCAACCUUCUGAUCUGGAGUCAGACGCGCUACCAUUGCGCCACGGAUCCGGAUGCAAAUAAAACUAACUUAAAUAUAUAUAUCCCAUUAAACUACAUUUAAUAAUUGGUUCUUUGUUUUCUCUUCUCAUCUCCGUGGUCCAAAUUUAUUCGAUAAGAAGCUCACGUUUCAAUUACUUCUGUUGGUUAAUAUAUGAAAUUUUAAAUUUUCACAUUUUUGAGUUAUUACUUAUUAAAGAUCAAGUUCGUUAGUCUAUAUAAUGCAACAUAUAACAAUUAGUUUGACAACAAUCCUAUCAUAACCAAAAGAAAGUUAUAUAACUAAAAAAUUAGCUAUCAAAUCCAAUCUCCAGAAACUAUCUAUAGUUCAUUUCGAACCACCAAAUAUACCACAAAAAAUCUAUUAAUUAAUUAGUAUGAGCUCUCUCUCUGUCUAGCUAUCACUUCUGUAGCUAUGAACAAGGGCGAUUCUAGAAACAAACGUUGUUGAGGGCAAAUUUUUUUUUAUAUAUUUAAAUUUUGGGUUGGGAACAUUUCUAUAGAUUUUAUAAUAAUUGUUGAAGAAAAUAAAAAUUAGAUGGGGCACGAGACACGGUACGUUGAUCUCUUGGUCCGCUCCUCGCUAUGAAUUGUAUGUGUUUGAGUUUAAUGUCAAAUUUUUGUAAAAACUAACCUUCAACUUAAAUAUCUCUUAUAUAUUAAAGCGCAAGUCGCCUGACAAAUCAUAUUCUGCCACGUAAAGUGUUUACAAAAUUUAAGAAAAAAGUAAUUAAAUAAAAUAAUGCCUAGGAGAAGACUUAAACCGUAUAACAAUUUUAACAAAUAAUCCAAAACCUUCGAUUCUUCUUCUUUGCGCAUGAUCUUUUUCUUUUUCUUUUCCUUACUGUAACAUCUCUCAGAUUCCAUAAACAAAUAUCAGAGAAGCUUUCAAUCGAUCAAAAGCAGAUUCUUCCUCUUUGCCCAUGCUCUUCUCUAUUUCAAAAUCGUAAUUCAUAACUGGAGUUGUGUUGAUGUCUCGAGUCAGUGUUUAGAUUACCAGUGAUGCUAUCUCCUUUCUUUGUACAGUUUCGUUGGCAUCGGCGGAGCCAGUUUAAGUUAGGAAGGUUCAAUAGUAGAUCUUAAUUGCUGGAGCUUUGACUAGAGCAAACAUAUUUUAGAUGAAAAGGAGAAAGGAAGAAAAGAAAGAUAAAACAAACACAAAUGCAGAAGAAGUUUAAACCAAAAAAAAAAAAAAUGCAGAAGAAGAGCUUUUGAUAAAAGGUAAACUGUUUUCCAUUAUUUCACUACGAAAAGAUCAUAUUUUUGAACUUUUUCCAAUUGUACUAAUAUGUUUUACAUUAAAAGGUAGAUUGAAAAAAAUCCUUCAACAUACUAUAGUGAGCAAUUUGAUAGUUUUUCUCUAUUGUUUAAUCUUUCAGAUAUUAAGAAAGAAAAUUGGUUUACCUACGGUUGUAUGGGCGAGAUUAACAUAAGCGUUAAGAUGGAAAACUCAGUAUUGUCAUGGGGAUGAUCGGAUCAUGGGAGACAAAAUUGACAGAGCCGCAGGAAGGAAGCAGUUUCUAGGGUUCAUGAUGAAGGAUUUUAGUGUUUGCUCGAUGAAGUUUGAUCUCCAAGGAAUCCAAAACGAAGCAGACUUCGUUAACCCAUCUAUAAAGCAAGUAAGUGUACUUGACCAAGUAAAGAUAUCUCAAAUCUUUCAGUGUGAAGGCUUACUUCUGUGCGUCACCAGAGACAAGUCAAGGCUCUUGGUAUGGAAUCCUUAUUUGGGGCAAACUAGGUGGAUUCAACCAAGAAACACUUUCCUAAGUGGAGACCAAUAUGCUCUUGGAUAUGACAAGAACCGUAAACACAAAAUCUUGAGGAUUUUAGGUGACUAUAAAAGCGGUUACAUGGUUCUUGGGUAUGAAAUCUUCGAUUUGAGCGCUAAUACAUGGAAGGUUUCUAAUGACAAUCAAGACUGGCGGAUAGAUCACUACCAACGUGGUGUGUCUUUGAAGGGACAUACUUAUUUUUUGGCAAAAGAGAAAAUAAGAAUAGGUGGAACAAACAAUAAUAUAGAUUGUAUACUCUCUUUUGAUUUUACAACAGAGAGAUUUCGUAAACUGCUGCCCCUGCCGUUUAAAUCUUAUUAUUCAGAUAAAUUGGUGUUAUCUUGUGUCAGAGAAGAGCAGCUCGCUGUAUUACAUUACAGCUGGGUGAUGGGUCAAGCAUUGGAGAUUUGGGUCACGAAAAAAAUUGAUCCUGGUGAGGUUUCGUGGAGCAAGUUCUUGAGAUUAACCUCUUGGUGUAUGGGUGAUAUUCUACCUGGGAGUUUCUUCAUUGAUGAAGAAAAGAAAGUUGUUGUUGUUGUCUAUGAAAUACGGAUCUUGACCGGUCGCAACCAAAGUGCCCACAUACUUGGACCAGAUGGAUACUUCAAAUCUGUGAAUAUUGGAGAGACUCGGUAUAUUGGGAGACGUAUCAAGCAUGGAUAUAUGAUCAGUGAAUUAUGUGGUCCACUUGUGUGCUCUUCUUAUGUUCCAAGCUCAGUGCAACUACAAACCAACCAACCGGUAAAAUCAGAAGAAGGUGAAAAUUAAUUAGUUCUAUGUACAAUACUUAAUUUGCAUCAAACAUGCAUCUUCGGAAAACUAUUAAUUUGUGUGUUUGCUAUAUAUCAUCUAAUAAAUAAUUCGGCUUUUGAACGUUUUAGCCUCUUUGUUCAUGUCACUUGGAUAUGUAAUCAAACUUGGCCAUUAACUUAAAUUAUACUAGUUGUUAGAUGUGAUCAGUGCAAGAGUUCAUGUGGAAGUAGGAGAUAUUCAUGAUCUGAUUUGGUCAAGACUGGUUUUCUUGACCUGGAUAGAAAUUAUAGUCUUCCUUUUUCGGGAACGUAACUCUUCAAAAUUAGUUAUUCAUGAUUUUUUUCUUUUACUUUUUUUCUUUUUAUUGGUGUGGUAAAUGAAAAAUUAGUUACAUCAAUUAUCAACUUUUUAUUUUGAAACAAAAGAUUUAUAGAUUGCGUAACUCUCUUUAAGCAAGAUUUUGUUGCCCUUAAUCAUUGUUGGGGGUUUGACAAAAAAAAAAAAAAUCAUUGUUGGAUAGAGACAUAGAGUUCUCUUGAUUGGGAGUAGCAAGUUUAAUAAGAAUCUAAUUCUAGUGUCGUUCGCUUUUCAAUAUGUGAAAUGCAGAUUGUAUUAUAAACUAUAAGCUCGUAGGCACUAUCUUUUCCCUCCGCGUAGUAUCGAGGAAUAUAACGAUCAUGCUAGAGCAGCAGCACGAUUUGAAGCAUUUGACUUUUUUUUCUUAUCUAGACCUACGUUAUUUCCUCAUAUAUCAGUUUGAAUGGUUUUCUUCACUUACAUAGUUUAUAGUCUUCAUCUUUCCACAGAACCCUUCAAAAAUUAGUCAUUCAUGAUGUUUUUCUCUCUUUAUUGAUGUGGUAAAGAAAGAUUAGUAGUUAUGUUAAUACUAUUAUCAAGAUUUUGUUGCCCUUAAUCUUUGUUCGAUAGAGUUCUCUUGAUUGGGAGUACCAAUGCAGAUCAGGUUACACUUUUUCAUUCGACCUCACUAUCUUAAAUUUCCAUAGUAUUUCCUAUUGGAUGUACAGCUAUAAGCUCUAGCCUACUUUCAAUGACAUAUGUUAAAAUUUAAGUGCUUUAAUUUUAUUUUAAUCAAUAUUUAAAAUUAAAUUAGCUUAGAAUCCUAUAAGAAAAUUUCCAGAUUCACAAUACAAGCCUUCUUCAUCUACGAAACAAGAAGCAAUAGCAACGCCGCCGUUAUAUAAAUUGGUGACACAUAAAAAGAUUGUACCUUAGUUUGCAACUUCUGACAAAAUUAUGUCUGAUCUUCCCGAAGAUAUGACAAAGGAGAUAUUCUCUAGGGUUCCAUUGACAUCCCUAAGCGCAGUGCCAUCCACUUGCAAAAAUUGGAACUCUAUCUCUAAAUCUCAGGUUUUAUGUUAAUCAGCAGCAAGAAGGAAGCAGUUGGGUUCCAGCUGGAGUGCCCGCCCCUGGGUUCGAGCCUUGGCCACUGCAGAAUUUACAUAUGGGCUGCAGCAUCCGAGACCGAAGACCGUUACACGGUGAGCCACAUGGUGACGCCCUGGCAGCGUCCUUGCUCACUUCGGUCUCUAGUCUGGACCACCUCGGUGGGGCCAGGAUACUCGGUUAGCAAAAAAAAAAAAAAAAAAAAAAGAAGGAA